GCUCGUGCAUUCAGCAAUAAUGUUUUUACUAUAGAUAUACAAUCAAAUUCCCUUGAAGAAAGAUUAAUAGAAGAACAAGAUAGUAAUGAAUAUGCUAAUUGGCAGAAUACUCUUCCAUGUACUCAGUCUACAACUCUUGUUUCAAGUGCAUUUGCUAAUAUAAUUGAAGAACUUAAAUUAUUUACUUCACCUCAAAUACAAAAAAUUCACUAUAACGAAAUGGAAAUGGCAUUUAGUUACGAUGCUAAAUUAUUGGAUCAGACUUAUAUAAAUAAUUAA